GACUCGCUUUCAGCGUCCUUUCUCAGAUUCUCUCUCUCUCUGCUAUUCUAUUUUUCUUCUCUCUCAUCAGUUUUGAUAAGACUGAGUGCGCUCUCUGAAAUCUGAAACCCCCAAAACCAGACGCAGCCUUUUAUUCUCUUUCAGGUGUUUCAUCGAACAGGCACCAUGAUUAAGUUGUUCAAAGUAAAGGAAAAGCAAAGAGAACUUGCUGAAAGCGCCAAUGGGAAACCCCCAGGCAAGAAGCAAAGUGCUGGAGAAUUACGUCUUCACAAAGAUAUUAGUGAACUAAAUCUCCCAAAAACAUGUAGCAUAUCAUUCCCUAAUGGAAAGGACGAUCUCAUGAACUUUGAAGUUACUAUUCGCCCUGAUGAAGGAUACUAUCUGAGUGGAACAUUUGUUUUCUCAUUUCAAAUUUCUCCCAUCUAUCCUCAUGAAGCACCCAAGGUUAAAUGUAAGACAAAGGUAUACCAUCCCAAUAUUGACCUCGAAGGAAAUGUCUGCCUAAACAUUCUUCGGGAAGACUGGAAACCUGUGCUAAACAUAAACACUAUAAUUUAUGGACUGUAUCAUCUUUUCACAGAACCGAACCAUGAGGAUCCUCUGAAUCAUGAUGCUGCUGCAGUGUUGAGAGACAACCCAAAAAUGUUUGAAUCUAAUGUUAGGAGGGCUAUGGCUGGUGGCUAUGUGGGACAAACUUUCUUCCCUCGCUGCAUAUAGUAUGUGAAGAUUGCAUCAGCUACCGAUUUUAGUUGAAAUUGGGGCUGUUGUAAGGAAAGGUCAGAAGGCUGUACAUUUGCGCUCAUCUAUAUAUCAGUCUUUCUGCUACAAAUUUGAAACUCGUGCGAAUUUCACAGGAACUGAUGUAACUGGGAAGCAGAAAGCUGUUUGUAUGCUACUACUAUUACUCUACGCUUUAUGUUGGCUUAUUCAUUGUGCAACAUAAUUAAGAUAAGAAAAACCUUUGUUUGGAAGGAAUGUGAUGCUGAAGGACUGCCGUUGAUUCAUUUUUUGCA